AAAAUUCUUCGUGAAAUCAUCCUAUAUAUACACAAUGAUUCUACCGUAAGUGCAUGUGCAGUGCAAAACGUAUACGAGAGCGAAUCAUACACUAUGGCAUCCAAGCCUGACACAGAGAGUGCUCAGACAGAAGAAACAUUGUCAAGUGACACGAAAAGAGACUUCACAGAUCUAAAGGCAAAUGAUCAAGAGACAAAAUCAGAAAAAGGAGUGAGCUGGCUUUCCAAGCUCCGAGGAAAGGGGCCAAACAAACACAAGCCAACAGCUGCACACAAUUCAGAAGGCUACCCGAAAAAACAAAGAUUGGCAAAAGAAACGUCUAUACCACUUGUAACACACGAUCAACACAGCAAGUCAAUUGUCGUGAACCAGGAAGCUAUACAACUAUUACGGACUAUUACAAAACCAGUUGCUGUUCUGGGCAUAUGUGGCCCUUAUAGGACUGGAAAGUCAUAUUUCUUGUCCCAAGUAUUAGGUGGAGAUGGUUUCAAAGUGAGCCAUUCCAGUAAUCCAUGCACUAGAGGGAUCUGGAUGUCCACAAAUCUAUUAGAAUUUGAUGACCACGUCCUAAUACUACUCGAUACUGAGGGUAUAGGUGCUGCUCAGGCAAGCGAGACCUCCUCCAAAGAGGAAGUGAUGAGUAUCCUCAUUCUCGUCACUCUACUGAGCUCUUGUUUGAUAUACAAUACCCAGGGAGCAAUCAAUGAAUCGGAUGUCGAGAAAAUGAGCUGCUUCGCAAAGUUAUCUCAAAAUAUCUUGAUAAGUGAAUGCGAUGACUUGCAUGAGAGCGAUCUCAAAAAACAUUUCCCAGAUUUUCUAUGGCUGAUGAGAGAUUUCGAUCUUGAAAUGACGGAAGACGAUGGUAAAAAGAUGUCAGCUACUGACUAUGUCCUAAAACAGAUACUAGUGGCAAAUUAUAAAGGUGAUCAGGCACCAAGCUCCAGAGACAGAGCUGUCAGCAGUGUACGAGCAAUUUUUCCCCAAAUCGAGUGCCUGGCGAUUCCAUCACCAGGUUCAGGCAUUAAUCCAAACAGGAAAAAACCUAUUGACCAAGAUUUUCAGACAAGUAUAGCCUCAGCUAAGCAACAUGUAUUGAGCAAUACACCAUUGAAGCGAGGUUUCAAUGGAUCUACAGUUAUGAAUGGACCAAUGUUGGCUGCUUUACUUGAUGAGUAUGUGCAAGCUCUCAACAAACCAGGCACCGUUCCAAACCUCGAGGUUAGCUAUCAGAGGGUAGUUGAAAUAACAGUAACAAAAACAACACUUGACCUAGCCGAAAAGUAUCGCAAGCAAAUGAGCGAACUUUUAAACAAGACACUCCCGUUAGAAGAAGGAGAUAUUGAAGCUCUUAAGGAGACGCAUUUUGUACGACUUGAAGAAGGUUUAAAUGGGGAUAUCUUAAAGAUGCAUCAAUAUAGAAUUGAAAGUGUAAAAAAAACAGACACACUAUUUGCAGUACAUGAAAGAGUGUACACAAAUAUACUGAGAGAGUUCACAAUUGAGCUACAUAAACUGAUUCCAGAAGCAGCCGACACAGAUGAAUUAUUGGUAAAGGAUGAAAAGACAAGAAAGAGACAAUCGCUAGAGAAACUUGAGCAAAUAAUUAUUAAAACAGACCAAAGUAAUGUAUUGGGAGGAUACAUAUCUCAUUUUACAAAGCCCAAUACAGAGAAGUCUGAAAUCACCUGUAAGGAGGUUUUUGAAACUACUUAUAAGCAGCAAGUAAAAAGAGGAGCACUGGAAAGAAAUAAGAUAGAGGCGAAGUACUACGAGCAAGCAAUUGGACCAGCCAAAGAUCAAGUGUUUCAAGAGAUGAUUUCUCAAAUUCCUGGAUCUCCACAAAAUGUAACUAUGAACUUAGAAGAACAGAUACUAUCUUGGGAGAAACCGAUAGUAAACGCUGAUGAUGUCGACUGCUAUUAUGUUGAAUGCUACAGUGAAGGAGAGGACCCUACACGAGACAAGGUUCACUCUAAUCAUUUCAAACUUAAAAAGCUUAAGCCUAAAACAUACUAUUCCAUUAAAGUGCAAGGAUUUAAUGAUCAUAAGAAUAGGUUUGGUGAAUAUUGUACUGUAGUUACAUUUCAAACAAGAGCUGGAAAACCCGAAAAACCAAAGAAGGCUAAAGUAAGUCCACAAACAGAGGAAACAGUCAAGCUUACGAUUACAAUGUUGUCAGAAGCACAACAAAAUGGAAGUCCAGUCACAAAAAUCAUCGUCAACAGACGUAGUGACAAAAAUUCCACUUGGGAAUCUCAAACUUUUCCAGUAGACUCUUCUCAAGGAGAAUUUCAGACUCUGGUGUUUCAAGUAAACUGUAAAAAAGAUGAGGAAGUUUUACAUUUUCAGAUACAAUUUGAGAACGAAGCUGGAGUAAGUGAACCGAGUGAUUCUACUGAAGUAGAAAUAGCUGAUAUGAUACCAGGAAAACCAGAGAACAUCAUAAUAACCGCUACUAAGGCAAGAGAAAUUCAAAUGACUUGGGAUCCUCCAAUAAAUAACCCGGGAGCAGUAAAUACUUACCAAAUUCAAUACUGGGAAAAGAGAGUUGGCAAGGAGGGGUUUCAAUCCAAGUCAGAGAAAAUAGCCAGUAAAGAUGAAAGAUCUCUGCUACUAACGUCCCUAAGCCCAUUCACGGGAUACACCAUUCAAGUUUAUGCUAGGAAUGAGAAGAACAAGAAAGCCGAUGGAUACAGUACUGUAGAUAUAGAAACACCUGCUGAUGUUCCAGACAAACCAUACCUACCAACAAUAAGAGUGAACUCAGCCAGCAAAGCAACCAUAACAUUUUACCGUCAAGAACCAAGCAAAGAAAACGGGAGUCCAGUUACAAAGAUUUACAUUGAGCGACAAAUUAAAGGAACUGAGCAAGCUAUGAAUUGGACUAUAGUGAAAGAGCACCAACUAAUGGAUUCAAGUGAAAGUAAUGUACCAAAUGUCGAUUUGCCAAACCUCACUCAACCUUCUAUAAGCUGCUAUCGUGUUGUAACUGUCAAUUCAGUUGGAAGAAGUGAACCAAGCCAACCAGUAGAGGUACACCCUAAAGACAUAAUUCCUGGAUCGCCAGAAGGGCUUGAAGCGGAAACAACUGAAAGUAAUUCUAUAAAAAUUACUUGGAACGAACCAAAGGUGAACCCACAGGCAUCAAAACAGUACAAAAUACAGCACCAAAAAAAUGUCAAAGGGGAAACAUGGACUUCCCAAAACGCAGACACACCUUCAUGCACUGUAUCUGAACUCAGGCCCAAUACCGAGUACAAUUUCAUUAUACAAACUCUAAAUGAAACCCUAGAGUCAGAGAAAGCUACCUUACUUGUAUGCACACUACCCUCUGUACCACCUAAGCCAAGGCUACCAAAGGUAUUACCAAUACCAAAUAGAAAAGAAUUCACAUUGACUGUAUUUCUACCUCUACUUGAAGAGAGUGGGAGAAAAGUUACACAGCUUCAUGUUAACUAUUACAGCAAAAGUUGGGAUAAACUAGAAUAUCCAAUUGAUACAGGCGACUGGCCAAUUGACGCACCAGAGAAAAUAACUCACAAACAACAAAUACAAGUCAACAUCGAUACGACUGGUUGGAUUGGUAUUUGUCUGAGCAAUGAGAUUGGAAAGAGCCAAGAGAGUGACUUAGUUGGUAUAUCUUCUGGUGAUGUGACUCCUGGUGAACCUGAUGAACUAUUAUGCACACCAGAGGCUCGAAGUGUCAAGCUAUCAUGGAAUGUACCAAAAAUCCAUGGAAAUGCAGCUAAAUACUAUGAGGUGCUUAUUAUAAAUCAGGAGUGUUUACAUGUGCAAGAGAAUUGUGCAUGUAAAAUAUUAGAAAAUGUCACAGUACAGCAAAAAAGGCGUGUUGAUAACAAGACUGUUUCCUAUGAAGCCACAGUAAAUGGUCUCAAUCCAUUAACAGUUUAUAAUUUUGGUGUACGAGCUGUGAAUAACACAACCAUAACAAGUUGUGAAGGAGAUAUUGCGAUAUAUGAGACCAAAACAAAGAAAGCUCAAUACCCUAGUGCCCCUUCUUCCUUUUAUGUUGAUAAAAUAAAUAAUAACAGUGUCAAGAUUCGAUGGAAAAAACCAGAAGAUUUUCCUGAAGAGGUGUAUUUCUAUAAGGUUACGUUAAAAGACGCAAAAGCAAACAAAGUAAUACAAGUGCGACGUACCCUUGGGCACUCAACUGUUUUUAAGAAUCUGAUUUCUUGGAAAACCUAUACAGCUAGUAUAGACUCAUACAAUGACAUCAAGGAAAAGAAGGAAAAUGUUACAUUACAUAUAGAUUUUGAUACUAAGAUGAGUGCUACUUCUAGAGUAGCAUUGCAAGUAUUAACAUUACCAACAAUAGCUGGUCCAUCUAUUUUAGGAGAAUCCCAAAAAUGUGAUGAAAACAUUUCUUCAUCCGACGAUGAAUUCAAAGCCGACCCAGACAUAUAUCCAAGUGCCCCAGAGAAGCUUGAAGGGAAAAUUAUUGGGAAGAAGACAUUACAAGUUACUUGGAACCAACCGAAAGAGAAUUUUGAAGAAUUGAAGUACUUCGAGGUUCAAGUAUUAGAGGAAGGUGGUGGUAAGAAAAUAUCUCAUAGCAUUAACAGCUAUGAUGGAACAAGUGAAACGUUUAAACUUGAUGGCUCAACAAAACAAUGCCAAGUUACUGUGACUCCAUUCAACUAUCACGGAGAAGAAGGACGUCAUGCCACAAUUACAACUAUAUUAUAAGAACCUCUAUGUCACCAAAAUUUUACUUUCUGUGUAUAUAGCGUAUCUUUCAUGUUCAUAGUGCCGAUGUAGAUAUAAUUAUACUUAUGUACUUGUAUACUUCAUAAAGAACUACUAUCCACUCUCACAUGCAUUGUAUAUAAAUACGUAUUACUGAGUUUAUAAUGUUUUAGCAGUUUUUACCCACUGUAUUCUUUACUAGACGUUUUUACACGUUGUUAUACUAUUAGAGAUUGUGCUAUGUAUGGGACGUCGUUUGUGUCAAAUUGAUAUUUUUUCUUUUUUACUAUAUCAUGCUUGUAUAAACCAGGCACCUACUAUGAAUACUUUUCCUCAUACUUCGAACAAAACUUCUUGGCAAACGAUCAUUGCCACAUUGGGAGGAAACACUACAUGGGAUACACUCGGGAUAAAAGGGCCUCAACGUAUGUACCAUUGUUUAGGGUAAGUUAAAGUCCUAAGUCACCAUUUGAGACAGAGCGGCAAAGAGAGGAAAGGCUCAACAACGAGAUUCGAAUGCCACUGCUAGCUGAAUAUGCUGACCCAAACGAGUACGAGCACUUGGAUUAUUUCUAUCUUAUGAUAACACAACAAAUUACAUCAACAAUGGUAUUACCCGCGUACAUCAUUCUUGCAACACUUAUCCCUGGAAAUUGGAAAGCAGUGGGACCAGAAGCCACUUGGCCACUCACAUUUAUUGGCCAUUUCACCAAAAAACCUUUCGAAACAGAGCGUGAGAGAGAAUUUCGACUGAAUCAAGAAGUCCGAAUGCCUUUCAAAGAAUAUUUGGUUAGUCUACUCAGCCAGGGCCUCUAGUGAGAGGGGCUGGGAUCGAGGCUAAUCGCAUGUAUGCAUGCUGCAAAAAGGGGUUAACCCAAAAGGGCUGCUAUUCCACGAAAGUUAAAUCCGCGAAAAUACCCGUUAUACGGUAAGCUGUGCAUCUAUAUAUACACAUUAAAAUUAUAUGCAUGCAUGAGUGUGAAGCAUGAACAUUUUAGAGUGCAUACUCUAUAUAAUUAUAGUCAUCCCACUAAUCUGAAAACUAGCGUUACAGAGAAAAUUGGCCUGGGAACAAUGCUAUAACACAGCACAGUAUAUACAGUCCACCCCAUGCUUAUCACCCCAUGCAUAAGCAGGUGCCCGGCCUCUAUAGUUAAAGGACUCCAAAGUUUCAUAGCAUUUCAACCUAAGAUACUAGAAACAACAUGUAUAAUUAUACUAUAUAUACAUGCAUGUAGGUCAGUACAGGUAUACAGCCUUCGGAUACACUUUAGUGUUGGUGAUAAAAGGUCACUAUAGGGAGAUGAUGUUGCAUGUACAGUAGUUAAGCAGCUGUGUACUUAAAUUUGGCUGACAUGCGAGUAUUUGAAAUUCAUAGUGUGAGGGUGUUAUCAAAAAUAUGAAUGAAUACAGGCAAAACAGUAUGUAUACACUAUAGUUUACUAUAGUUGCAUGCACCGGAUGUGUCAUGUGACUAAAUAAACAAAAAUAGAUCAACUAAGCAAAGAGUACAGAAUACAUUCAGCCAGACAAGGACUGCUAUUAAACUGUAACCUUCAACUUUACAUCUCUAUAGUCACAGACAAAUUCCCUGUGUGUGUCGUCAAAAAGUCUAUAGGAACCAAUUAAGCAAAGCUGAGAAAAACUCCACACUGUAAAGUCUUCAAACACAAUGGCCCAGAAAUUAUCACCUAUACCUAAGACAACGGACGAAAUUGGAAAACUAUUGCAAGAGAAGUAUUCUCCACCAACAGAUCAAAAUAAACAUAUUGAUUACUUCUACUUUCGAGUCUCUAAAAAAAAGCCUCAACUGCAGAAACGUUUAUUCCUGAUCUAACAGGCAAUUUAGGUGAUGGUUUCUGUGCAUUGGUGGAUGAAGAAUGGCCAGGCUUUAUAAUCAUUUGCUAUCCAGAACAAACAAGCGAAGAAAAAAGGGAGAAGGCUAUCGACCAAAAUCUUCGACUCCGAAUUGCUAGUCAAACAGAUACGAUGGUCACAUUUAGCAGAGCUUGUCUCUACCCCAGCUAUGAGAUGAAUGAAGAUACUAUCCAGGCGAUUGAUAUCGGAAAAGUCAUGAGACAAGGCAAUGCUGAACAACAGGAUGCAAAGAAAACCCACCAAGAUUUCUUCUACCUCAUAUAUCGAAUUAAGCCCUCGCAUACAUUGAAUGUUCACUCAUUUCUUAAGACAUGCACUCCCAGGAAAUUGGAAGAAAGUGGAACCGAACGAUACUUGCAUGGCCAGAUACCUUCUUGGGAUAUUUUCCGAAGUCACCUUUCGAUAAAACAGAGCGCGAAAGGGAAGCUCGUCUCAAUCGUGAAGUUCGACUUCCUCUCAUGAAGAUGUUAGAAGAUGAACUCAUUCAUGACAGCUUAUCCCAAAACUCGGGACACGAUCGAGAGGAAAGUUCUGGUUUUGAUAACCAGAGCCUGUAAACUUGAAUCUGCUAAUACUGGAAUCAAAUACGAGUUUUGACUAUGUAUAGUAUAUAGUGCAUGUGGAAAGGACAUAUGUAUAACUAUAUGCAUGGUUUUAGAUAACGUUGUAAUUUGUGUUUAUAAAUACUAUAGUAGUAUUCUAGUUAGUUCUAUAGUUAACUGCAUGACCUUAUUUAGUAAGUUCUAUUAGCGUGUUCUUCUUCUGGUUUUUUUUUUUGCAUGUGUGUCUUUGUGUGUAUUGUGUUUCUGUGUGUAUACUGAUUCUGAUUGUUGUUGCCUAAACCUC